UUCUUCUUUACUAAUAAGCAAUUCAAUUCCAUCUUCUCUAUAUUUGUCUUUCGAGAGUAUCUCUGUAUUAAGCCAGUUUUAUCUGUUUAUCCUUGUUCCUGUCCAAUUCAAUCUAUUGCAAAACUUCAAGCUUAUUAUUGAAAGCACUUCAAACACCAAGCCACUUUUAUCAGGAUUCUUCUUCGUUUCAAUUUGUAUCUAUGGGUGUCUCUUCUACCGCUUCUGGGCAACCCAAAUAUGGCCUACGAAAUGCUUUUGAUGCCCUCAGAAUCCCCUCCUCUCCUGGAACGAAUCACAUGCCUUACGAUGUUUUCAUAAGUCAUUGUAGACAAGAUGUCCAACAGACACUGGCCAAUAGUAUCUACAAUUACCUAGAUGGCUUGGGACUGCAAGUUUUUCUGGACAACAAUAGGCUGAACUUUUGGGAUUCGAUGCCUAGAGAGCUAGAAGAAGCCAUGGCUAGUGCUUCAAUCCAUAUAGCCAUUUUCUCCCAGUAUUACGCACAAUCCCCCCAGUGCUUGGCGGAACUGACAUUUAUGAUCAAAACCCGCACCACAAUUAUCCCCAUCUUCUAUCAUGUUGAGCCUUCUUAUUUAAGGUGGCUUGUUAUAGGGAAAGGAACAUAUGCAGAUGGCUUCUCCGGCCAUGGAAAGGCAGAUAGAUACACUCCAGAAGACCUUCACGAGUGGAAACGGGCACUCCAAGAAGUUUCAUAUUUUACUGGCGGCAUCAUUAUUAAGAAUGUUGAUGACGAGCAGAGGGUGGUGAAGAAUUUGGUGAAUCGCGUAGUGAAAGAGACAAACAAGGUGCCGACAGAGGUUGCCAAGCAUUUGGUGGGUCUAUAUGAAGCCAUGAGAUACUUUGACACGAUUGCACUUAAAACUGCUGGCACAAUACAAAUUGUGGGAAUUCGAGGCAUGGGAGGCUCUGGCAAAACUACUCUCGCAAAGGAAAUAUAUAAGAAGAGAUCAUCGAUGAUUGAUAGGUCAAGUUUUAUUUACAAUAUUGGAGAUGCCACAGAGAAAGGACUGCUGGUUGACAAGCAGAAAAAGCUUCUGGAUGACCUUGAUGUCAAAGGUGUAUCCUUUGACGACGUAGACGUAGGCAGAGGGAUUCUUAACAGCCAUUUGAGAUCUAUUUCCGUGCUUAUCAUUCUAGACGACGUGGAUAAUACAGACCAAUUGGAUGCUCUUUUGCCAGCAAAGGAGAGUCUUGGCGAGGGAAGUUUGAUUGUUGUUACCACACGCAGGUUAGAUGUUCUUAAAGCACGAGGCAUCUCUAACAUUUGUCAAAUGAGAGCUCUCAACGCUACUCAUUCCAGACAACUCUUCUGUUGGCAUGCAUUCUUACAACCCUUUCCACGUUUGGAAUUUGAGGCCCUCGUUGAGAAGUUCUUAAAAGUUUGCAAUGGUCUUCCUUUGUCACUCAAGGUCCUAGGAGGAAAACUCUAUGGUGAGUCUUGCAAGGAUAAUUGGCAACGGACAUUAAAAGAGUUAUCCAUAUUAUCAGACAGGGGCAUCAGAGGACAACUGAAAGUCAGUUAUGAUGCGUUAGAUGAAAAAGAGAAGGAAAUGUUCUCGGAUAUAGCUUGUUUCUUCAUUGGAGAGGAAACAAGUUUGGCCAUUGAAGUAUGGGAAGGAUCAGACUGGGAUGGUCAGAUCGGUUUGGAAAGGCUUCUCAGUAAGUGCCUUGUUGAGGUAGACGAUAAUAAUGUCAUACAAAUGCAUGAUCAUUUGAGGGAUCUAGGAAGGCAAAUUGCACGUCGACAAUCACCCUAUCGCCUUUGGUCUCCACAACAGUUUCCCUCGAUUCCCCCUCAGGAAUCAUUACAAAUUAGAGGGAUGACAAACACAAUUUCUGAUCCUUGUCACCUCUGGAAAGAGAAGAUCAUACAACACACAAGCUUUGAGAAGCAAACACAAACAAGCUUUAGCCUCGCGCUCUGUUCUCUUGGAUUAAAACUUUUGGUUUGUAGCAGACAAUUUCUAAAUCAAGAAGUUGGCGAACUAUCAAGAGAACUGCUCUGGCUUCGCUGGAAUGAUUUCAAUCAUACAAAUCUUCCGUCAUGGCUUUCAUUAAAAAAUUUGAGAGUCUUAGAGCUUAAUGGCGCUUUAAACUUACAAGAACUGUGGACGGAUGCUGAGCAUGCACCUUUGCAGUUGAGAGAGCUGAUUAUUACUGGUACCUGGAGCGCUUGUUUUGAAAUGUUCCCGAGUUCAAUAUCAAAUCUGAAAUAUUUGAAAAAAAUAGCACUGUUAGGUUGUGUUUGUAAAGAGUUCAGCAUUAGAGAGCUGCCAGAAGAGUUUUGUGGUCUCCAAUCGCUUGAGCACCUGGAGCUACGACAUUGCAACAAGUUGUCAACAUUACCCACCCAUUUUGGGGAACUAAGAAAACUGCGGCAUCUAGAUUUGUACUCUUGCCAAAUGCUAAGGAAGUUUCCAAUUUCUUUUAAGCAGCUGGUAGACCUGGAAUACCUUGAUUUAUCAGGUUGUAAGAAGCUUCCAUCUAUGCCAGACAUUCUUGAAAACAUGAGAAAGCUGAAGAAGUUGUACUUCACAGGGUGUCCUAAAUUUCAAGAGUUGCCCUUGCAAAUUGCAGAACAAAAAUACCUAAGAGUGCUCCACCUGAAAAAGACAAUGCUAAAGGAUUUACCAACUAACAUCGGUCAACUAAGCAAAUUGGAAACGCUGGUGAUUGGAAGUCCGCACUUGACAGGUUUCCCAGAGUCUCUUGGCUACUUGUCCAGCUUGGUUCAUCUCAAAAUUACGGGAUGCAUUAACCUGAAAUAUUUUCCCGAGUCUGUAGAGCAUCUCAAGCUUUUAGGAUAUUUAUGUAUAAAGUCCUCCGGAGUGAGGUCUUUGCCACAAGGAUUUAGGCAACUUACUAAUCUUCAAAUUUUGAAGAUUUUUGAUUGUCCAAUCGCCGAGUUGGAUGUUGGGUCAGCGUCUUGUACAUCAUUGCGGAAACUCCAGAUGAUACAUCUAAAAGCAACCGAUGUGACAAGAUUAUCAAUUUCUCAAAAUUGUUGUCCCAACCUCCAAACUCUUCAGAUUGAGCUAAAUCGCCGUUUAAUCGAGAUAGAUGUCCUCUCAACAUCAGUCAAGAUGGUGAAAGUGUAUGAAUGCCCAAUGCUACGCAACAUAAACGGUAUUUCAGGUCUAGUAAAACUUGAAAGUAUGGAGAUAACUGGAUGUCCGAAAUUGGGUCAAGAUAACAUCAGAGCAGCUGCUAGGUCGACUAUUUCAACUCACUGAACAGGGAGGUUCAGUUACCUGUAAACUCUUUGAACUGGGCACUUAAGUGGUUCUUCUGAGAGGAAAACCCGAGUUUCUUUUCUGCUGAGGUGUUUUCCUGAUGUGCAUCAAUCAUGUGUAUCCGUGUUUUGUGUAAGGAUUUGCAACCGGCAUUUUUUAUAAAAACCAUCAUUGUUGUCUUUGAUUUAAGUGGCUUAUAAAUGAAAUUAUUGAUCUUGAAUAA